AUGCAGAUGUUAUUGUACAAUCAGCCCAAGUGUCUUUGCUUGAAGAACAAUUCCAUGGGUUAGACCUGGUUAUCCAUCGCACCACCUUAUUAAAAGAUAUGAUAACAGCAUUUUCAGAUACAACCAUAUUAAAAAUUACAAUAUUUUUAAAGUUGUUGAUGCACGUGGUGUUAUAGAGGAAGGUGAAGGAAAGGGUGUGGCACGUGAAGCUCUCACUGAAUUUUGGCACCUCUUUUAUCAAUCAUUAUCCGUUGGAGCAUCCGCCAAGGUCUCUAGCAUCCGUCAUGAUUACCAAAGGCAAGAAUGGAAAGCUGUGGCCAGAAUUUUAUUGUACGGCUACUGCAAAGAAGGAGUGUAUCCUAUUGCGCUGUCUGCAGCAUUUGUUGGGUGCACUGUUCUAGGUGGAGUUCGUGUCUCCAGCGAAGUGCCAGUGAAAUCUUUCAUGGCUUACAUAGCGGAAGAUGAGAGAGAAGUAGUUGAUAACUACUUAAAAAAUGGAUCACAAAUUGAUAAAAACGAAGAUCUGUUGGAGGUUUUGGGGAGCUACAAAUGCUAUCGCAUACGUAAGGAGGAAAACAUCGACGACAUAUCAUGCAAUUAGCCCCCCAAGAGCUUAUCCAACGACCCCGGUAUAUUUCCAAUUGUUGGGCAACGAUAUUGCAAUCAUUGAAGAGUCGCCUUCAAUUUCAAGCAUUCUUUACUUCUACGAAGAAUUAAAACACACUGCGAAAAAGGUUUUAAUUUGAAAAUCCUAGAUGCUUCUCCGGAAAAUGAGGCGCAGCGAAAUGCUUUUGAUCACUUGGUACGUUAUAUCAAGUCUUUAGGAGGCAAUGUAAGCGCGUUUCUUCAGUUUACUACGGGUGCCGAUAUCAUCGUUGAAGGUCAGAAAUUGAAAGUGACAUUUACUGAGCUCAAUGGACUACAACGAUGA